CUUCAUUUCUUUCGCUUUUGUCCCUCCCCACUACUCAUGCUUUCACUUACAGUCUCUCAAUCCGCCAUUAACGCCAGGGACCAUAUCUUACAAUCCCAACACCAUUAUUACCCUUUUCUUCUUCUUCCACCUUCCUCAUUUCCUCAUUUCCAAAUCCCCCUUUUUAAUCCUUCAAAAUCCCAAUCAUACUAUGUAAAUUCUCCAUUGAUAACUGUUUUUCCGCCAUUGUUUCCUCUCGAACAUGGCCCAGAGUAGUCAUGUUUCUGACAAUUCUGUCCCAAUUUCAGAAACCAGGAAGCUGAUAAACCCUAGGGUUGAGAUUGAUACUUCGCCGCCGUUUGGGUCGGUGAAGGAGGCGGUGACUCGGUUCGGCGGUAGCGGUUCGUGGGUUCCCCUUAACGUCCUUCGACUCGCCGGUCAAGAUGUUGAAGAAAUCGACAUGGAUACAGUCGAAAAGCAAGCUGCAGAACUCGAAAAAGAACUAAUCAUCAAAGAACAAGAAACCCUCGAAGUUCUUCGUGAACUCGAAUCCGCAAAAGGAGUAAUGGAGGGUUUAAAACUCAACCUAAUCAAAGAAACUUCAUCAUCAAUCAUGGCAACAACAACAACAACCCUAGAUCUGAAUCCAGAUUCAGGAACCACGACGCCGAUCGACCAAUCAACAGCAAAAACUUUAACAUUAUGCCCAAUCCCAAUGCCUCCCGGGAUGAUCUUAACCGAGCUCAAAGAAGCCAAAUCGAAUCUAAACAAAACCACCACCGAUCUCGCCAUGAUUCGUACUUCUGUUGAAUCGUUGAACAAGAAAUUGCGAACGCAUAAGUCGAAUUUGGCUGAAAAAGAUGGGGAAACGAAACGGGUGAUUGAAGAAUCCGUUGAUGUUUCAAAUGGGUUCUGUAAAAAAUUGACAUUCGAAGCACAGCAGUUUAGGAAGAUGGAAGAAGCGGCGCAAUAUGAGGUGAUUAAGGCGACGUCGGAGAUUGAGCACACGAAAUUGAGUAUAAAAAUGGUGGAAAUGAGGUUGAUUGCUGCUAAAAAGAUGGAGGAAGCUGCACGAGCUAUGGAAGCUGUUGCUCGAGCUGAAAAUGAAGAUACGCCAUCGAUUCGUGAAGGAAUCACGCUUUCGUAUGAAGAGUACUCUUUACUCGCUCAAAAAGCUCAAAAAGGUGAAGAAAUUUGGAAGAAAAAUGAAGGAAACGAAAAUUUGUAUCGAAGAAAGACACUCGAAGAGGCUCUUGGGCCUAGAUCGGAUACUACAAACGGAAGAAACCUCGAAUCAAGAACCAAGUAUUUUCGUGGAAGAUCAGACGAAACAUGGCCCACAAAAUCAACUAAUAAUAAUAAUUCAAAAACCAGAACCCCGUACCCAUAUCAUGGUCCUAGAGGCUUUGCCCCAUUGAUAGGGGACGAUUCAAACAUGAUCAACACAGAAUCGAGGCCAGUAUUGCGAUCAAGUGUCUCGAUUGGUGAUAUAUUGAGUCGGAAAUUGAUCCUACAAGACAACGUAGUGGUUCGAGAGGAUGUUGAAAGUCAAACUCGUAGAGAUGAUGUAUCUUUAAGUGAAAUGCUUCGUGAGCAAAGUGGGCUUAUAUUUCGUGACACUGGAAAGUCUGAAAAGGAAAAACGGGUUGAUAAGCAGUUCUUUGCUCAAAGGAAGAAGUUUGGUUUUAUUCACGUAUCGUUACCUUUAAAUAAACAUAACAAGAAGAAAUUGAAUCCGCAAACUCCGGAACCGUUAAACGUGAGGUUCUCGUAGGUUGAAUGGAGUUUUUCCUUGUGUUUGCAUAUGUUUUUUUAUUUAUUUAUUUUUUCUGUAAUUCGUGGGGGUUUUUUUUUGUUUUUUGGUUUUGAUUUGGGGUGUUGAUGAUUUAUGAAAUGUUCUAACAUUUGUUGGGGUAAAAUUAGUCGGUAUGUCGGGAAUAUAGUUCGGACUCCACUUGUGUAGAGUAUGAUUGCAUGGAGUUUGACUUUCCUAAGAGGUCAAAGUUAUGGUGUGUUGUAUAGGAUAGGUAUUUGAUUAAUGAUUUGAGUUAUUGAUGUGCACAAAA